GAGUCAUCUGUGAGUAGACCAAGCACCAUGAUGAGCAUGGACGUAGCCUCGAUGUCUUCAAACAUGGAGUCGCUGAGACUCAUGGAUGAUUGCAAAGUAAAUUCUCAGAGAAUACAAGAGAUGAUUUUUGACAUGAAGAGGGAGCAAGAACAAAGUUUACAGUAUUUUUCUUCCCUGGACAGCUCCAAAUAAAGGGAUUGUUUGAAGACAGUUGUCAGGAAUAAAUGGCACCUCUCGUUGUAUGAACAAGUUUUUGUUGGGGUAGAUGCUCGUCCAAAACAACUGCUGGGACUGCGUAAUCAGGUUAGUCAAAAGGUUGAAACUGACCAAUUUUCAGGGUGAAAUUUGACCCUUUAUAAAGUGAAAGUAACCUCAGUUUCCUGGUACUGUUGGUCUUCCAUCUUCCUCGCCUUAAUGCUGUUGUUGUUGAAUAAGAUUUUUUUUUUAAAGCCAUUCAUUGUGUAUCUGACUCUGUUUUUGAAAGAAAUGGGGAUUCCAGCUCUUCAGGUUUCCCGGAAAUGUGUUCUUUAUGUAUGUAAAAACUUUGUUUCCUGUAAAAAACACAUGAUAGAUAAGGAAAAAAUCUUAUGCACUGUUACCUCGAAAAGACAAAAUGGAUUUAUUCUUCAGAAACCAAACUGGAUAUGGUCAAACUGGCAUGGACUUGAAAAAAAAUGAUUAGAAAUGCCUUUGCCAUAGUUUCUAAGGUUUUCCAAAAUCAGACAAGUGUCAACUCCAUUUUCAAGAACCUUGUCACCGUAGCGUGUUUAGUCCUGACUUACUUUGGGGGAGGUCAUGGUUUGAAUUUUCCUCUUCCCACUGAAUUUUCCUUCCCCUUUCCUGAAGAUUUGCUCCCAGCCUGGUACUCUGAUAGGGAGACAAGUGCCCUGACUUUGCAAUUUCCUAUUUUGAUUAUUUGUAUAUUUUGUUUAAAAGAAGAAUAUGAUUGAUAUAAAUGUAAGAAAUAUCAGUGAAGUUGGUGAAUACUUUAUUAUUAUGCACAGUUUGACUAUGAGGGACAUGUUUUAUGUUUCUCUGUAGUAUCUAGUCGUAUUGUUUUUUUGUUUGUUUUGAUAAUUGAUUUCUAUAUACAGACUAUUCAUGAGAGUCCCAAGAGUGUUUUUGUGAUUUUUGAAAAUGUAAAAUUUAAUUGUCCAUAUGGGAAGUGUGCUGAACAUUGCCAAAUACAACUUUAAUUUUGGCAGCUGUAGGAAUACAUUAAUUAACACCGAAAAAAAUGUUUUGUUUGGCCAAUUGUUCAUUGACCUGUUAGUGACAUUGUUUCUGUGUAAGUUUCUAAAUAUUUGUGGGAGAUGUACCUCUAUCAAGAAAUUCCUCUGGUGGUAUGGACUGGGACUGCCUGUUUUAUGACCUUUCUCAUUAUUGUUGACAAAAGUGUGAUAUUUUCAUUAACUGUAACUUAUACGUAAGUGUUAUUUAAUCAUUGUGAGAAACUGUCAUGUAAGUCGCUACGUUCUUUUUUCUCUUUUGUUUUGUGAAACAUUGAUUUUCUUUGUCCUGACUCUUUGUGGAUCAGCAUCUAGUUCCUUCCUUCUCAAUGCCCAUUGUAUUUUGCACACAUUAAACUGUACAAUUUCUGUUGCUUGUAAAUUUGCUUACUGUUUUUACAAAUUAAAAUAGUCAUGUAAAUUUCUGUUUAAGUGGGUUCCGCUGUAUAUCAGCCAAUCUGGUUUUAAAACUGAUGUUGCACCAUUUCUAGUUCCUCACUAUUCCAGUACGAAAGAAAAAGUACUUAGGUGGAGAAUGUGCAGCUGGUGAUGUGUAUAAAUGAUUGUAACGAUGUCAUGUUUGUGUCGUAAAAUGUAGUUUGUUGUCAAGUAAAAUGCUAAGCAUAACUGAGUCCAUGUUUACACACGACGUGUUGAGACAGAUGUCAUUUUGUGAGCUAGCCAAGAGACAUAGGCUGCUUUAGCUACUCUAAAAUUCUUUCAUUGUCCGGUGGUUUUUUUUAUUACCAUUACAACUGGAACAACGUAUACAGUAGGGUACUGUACGUAUUUACAAAAAUGGGAGAUUCGUAUUGGUCUUUUGGCUGAUUUGUAUUUGCACUUUUGUUCAACAAAAGGUGCGUUUGUACAAUUGUAAGCUGUGUAUAUUUUUUUAUAUAAGAUAAGUUGGCAGAAAUGAAUAUUACUGAUAUUUGAGUAAAGUUUCUUUGAGUGCAGACAUUUUUAAGACUUGUUUCAUUUGAUGCUUGGUAUGAAUUCAGAUUUUUGGCAGACUUUAUGAACAAUACCAUUGACGUCUUGGCUCAAUCAAUAAUUCAUUCUAAUAACAGAUGACAGCAGAUUAUUACUUGUAAGUUUUUAUUUCUUUGCCACUAUCAUCAUUUCUGUCUUCUUUUGACCAUUAUUGUGUAAAUGAGGAUUUCUUUAUAUCAAGCUCUUGUCACACAAAUUUCUGUGUUAUAAUCUUGAAACUAGAAGGAAUUGGGUAGAGCUAACAGAAUCUGGCUUUUUGGUUUUACUAGUACAUCAACCCGUUCAUAGAACGAGGCAAGACAAUAUUAGCGAUAGAAACAGCAUUAAGAGAAGGCAGCAUGAAGAUGACAGUAUACAACACUGAUAACUCACGUGGCAAAUUAAUCCAAAAAUGCGGCCAUCAUUCUGGGGACUGUUAUACUAUGGUCCUGUACGCAAUGUUGCUUGUAAAGAAUUACGACUUCGAGACUUUGCGACACAUUGGGCUUGCGGCUGUUCCAUUUGUACCAUUUCCUCCACAGUCGGUACGAUCAAAAAACAUUUUUUUAAAAUGCAUUAAUUGUUAGACUACCAAAGUAUUAAAAGGCCCUACUUGGUGCUAUUAUGGACGACUUGUGUAAAUUUCCAUACUUUCUGUGUUGUAGUAACUUCUGUAGCUUUGGCAGACCUCCGAAAACCUUAUAGUUUUUUAUAAUAGAUUGCAGGAGAGUGGUAUACUUGCUCUCUUUGAGAGUGAACAGAUAUGGAGAAAUAUGUGUACAUUGUGAGAUGAUAAUAAUGUUCCUUUUUCUCUUUGAUUUCAAGGCUCAUGUUAGUAUUACUCUUAACAUAAUACUUAUGGUUUUUGUCAUGGUAACUAGGCCAAGACUUGUAGAAUAAUAUUCUUUCAAACCUGAUAGCAAAGCUAGAAGAGUAUUUAGAUGUCACUUGACAAUCAGCAGCAUAGCCAGUGUAUUGAAUUUAAGCUGCUUUUUAAUGUGAACAUAUGUGAGCUGAUCUGAGGAAAUCAGGAACUUGUCAGCACUGGGCCAUUUGGACUUUUUGUGCUUUUUUGCAGUUCUGUCCUUCUUCAACUAUCUAGAAGCUGGGAUACUGCAUUUUGAAGUCACAAAAUGUGAAAAAGUAAAAAUUGAGAAAAAAGCAUUCUUAAACAAUUUUUUUUGGUGACACAUAGGCAAAAAAUAAAUUGAAGGAAAAAUAUGUUUAAGCAGUUUUUACGAGGAACAGCUCUUGAAUUAUAUCUUAAAUAUUCUUAAAUGGCCGGAGAAUCCCCUGAUUUGCAUAACUCAGCAUAGACCAGAAUUGACCUUGCUGACUAUUUUUGCAAAUAUUUUGCCUCGAGGUUUAGUGACAAAUUCCUGAUAUCUUCAGACUGGCCAACGUAUAUGUUAUACCAUGGUAUGUCCCUUUAUUUUUUAUAACUAUUAGAAACAUGGGGAAAGAAUUGUUUUAUUUAAGUAAGUGUAUGGGUUUAAUGACCCUAUUAAUUUUUUGUUUAAGAGACCGGACCUCUGAAUUUGAUGUCCACCUCUGAUUGGACUCUAAAAAAUGACCCGAGUCCAAGAACACCCAAGUCUAGGAUUUGAACCAGGGCCAUCCACACUACUGUAGUCCGGCUUGAUACCAACAGAGCUAACAGAGCCCCCGGAUUUGUUUUUCUGUGUUCCUAAAUAUAAGUUUUUGACUAAACAUAACGUGACUGAGCUUUUAAAAUGUUUUGAUGUAUUUUCAAAUUUUUCCUUGUGGAUAGUUAUCAUGUUUUACCUUUUCUCCUUCAUUUGUUUUAAUGUAUUAAUAUGUUUUCAUCUUUUAUUGAUUUUAAAAAUAAUUUUUGUUUGAAAAUUAGCUAGAAUAUAAUUUAUGCUCUUCAAAACAAAUUCCCAAAACAAUGAAAAGGAAACUUUCCCAUGAAGGACAAAAAAAUUGUGAUUGUGGAUAUAGCUGGAUAUGGUAACUGUUUUGGAUUGAUUGCUAUUGAUUAUGAAAUAUAAAGGAAAAAAAUUGUUGUUACUGUCUUGUGAUUAAAGUCUGAGAGGGCAUCAUCUUUUAUUAACCU